AGGCCUCUGCUCUCCAUCUUGACUCCUCUGGCCUAAAGUAGAGGAUGGGGGGAAGAAGGUGUUGGCCAAGGGUCAUCUGUUCCCAUGUGUGUCUCUAGGGAGUCAAGGCUCCCAUAGAUAUCAGUAUCUGGCCUGUAAUCUGGAAGUAAGUUAUUGGGAUUUGUAGUUUGAGAGUUCCCCAAGUCUGCAAGCCCUGAGUCUGCAAAGGGAAGACCUGGGCAGAGGUAUGGAACAGGUGUCCCAGACUCCUAAUACACUCUUCCUCUGUCCUUGAACCUUGUCAACACUCAUAUUUAGGAUCAGGCCUGGGGCCACCUCUGUGUCCUUUUAUCGCUUCCUGAACACUCUCCUUCCAUGGAAAGAAACAGGAUAAAGGAUAGCCUAGGACAACCAUGGGAGAGUAGAGAGGGGAGACAGAUAUAGCAGAAGUCAACCUCCUGAGUAUGGGGUAGAGACACACACUGUGGCAAGUGAGGCAUCCACACCACUUAGAAAAGCAGAAGGGAAGGUCAGAACAGGGGAAUUGAGGGAUGGCCUGCUGGGUGGGACUUGUUUUUCCAGAAUAAAAGGCCCAGGGAAGAGCUGGGGGCCAAGUUCAUGCUCUGCCUGGCCCAGAUCCUGGAUGGCUGGCUGCCUUAGGUCCUGAGGGACUUCCUAUAGCCUCACAGCUGGUCCUCCCUGUUUCCCCCUCCCCUCCAAUAGCCAGCUAGGCUGAGGUUCUGGCUUGUCUGAGGACUUGGGGACCCCACCCCAGCCUCCAGGGAUAGGGCCUGUACCUAUUACUAUCCAAAGAAGUGGCCUAGACUGCUUAAGGGCUUCUGAGGUUUUUUGGAUUCUUUUCCUUUCUUGUUCUGAGGUUUGCUUAACUAGCAGGAGUGGGCUGGUACACAGUGCUGCUCUGUUAUUUCCCAUUUGUUUAUAUGACUUUGUUUUCCCAGAGCUUCAAAUUUGUGCUUUCUGUUGGGAGAGUUCCACUCCCCUUUCCUCCAAGUGGAGGUUUCCCAGAUCAUAGUAAUUCAGUCCUGGUUUCAGGACUCUGGGUUUGCCUUAUGAAUGUGGACAGCUCUAGUCGUCAGGCCAUGAGGAAAGUCUGACCACACUCACACUCUGUCCUCAGUGCCCAGAGGUCCUACCACGCACCUCCCUAGUUGGCUGUUCUUUGUUUUGUUUGAGACAGGGUCUCACUAUGUGUAGCCAUGGCUGCUCUGGAAUUCACUAUGAGGAUCAUGUUGGCCUCAAACUCAUAGAGCUCUGCCUCUGCCUCUCAAGUGCUAGAAUUAAAGGUGUGGGCCACUGUGCCUGCCUUUCUUGAUCCUAGAGAUAAGUGGACCAUAGUGUCAUCAUGUGGUCUGCAGGUAGCCCACCAUGGUCCCAGAGAAGGGCAUAGUAAAGUCACCCUCAUCUAAAUUGGAACUGGAAGAGCCACCUGAUCUGGCAAGGAGAAUACAAGAAUGGAGAAAGCAGUCCAGGUUUUCUGGCCUGGCUGACCACAUGGGAGAAUGUCAAAGCCGGGGAUGCAGAUCAUUCACCUUCAAACACCAGUUCUGCUGCAGCUCAGAAAGUUUACCAGAUGCUUGGCACCCACAUGGCCUCAGGAAUCCUCACAUUCAGGCCUCUUCAUCUGUCCUAGGACUGAGCUACUGCCCCACCCAAGGGCUGUCCGGUGACUGGCUGAGCAUUUACACAGACCCUCCCACCUUCUAGGCCUGGACCGGGUGGCUGCAACACAACAGGCCAGCCAAGGAUGGGGGAGGCCAACAGUAGAGCAGCACAGUGGGCGGGGCACAGACCCGGCCUACAGCUCCGUGAUGUCAGCGGGUGCUGGCAGGGAGAGGGGGUCGGCUGUUUUUCUGGAGAGUUAGAGCUGAGUAAGACAAAGCACAGCGCGGUCCCUGCUGGCGCCAUGGAACUGCUGUCCUGUGUCUUGCUGUGGAAACUGGUGCUUCUUCAGAGUGAGUGCCUUGAAGUCCUUCUGUACUCAGGGCCCUCAGGGACCGCAACAGCCAGCAGUUCUGUGGUGUCUGAGUCCGUAGUGAGCUGGGCAGCCGGAACCCAGGCGGUGCUGCGCUGCCAGAGCCCGCGCAUGGUGUGGACCCAAGACCGACUGCAUGACCGCCAGCGCGUGGUCCACUGGGACCUCAGCGGAGUCCCGGGCAGCCAAGGGCGCCGACUCGUGGAUAUGUACUCGGCGGGUGAACAGCGCGUGUACGAGCCGCGCGACAACGGCCGCCUCCUGCUGUCGCCUUCUGCCUUCCACGACGGCAACUUCUCACUGCUCAUCCGCGCUGUGGAGGAGGGCGACGAAGGGGUGUACACCUGCAACCUGCACCACCACUACUGUCACCUCUACGAGAGUCUGGCCGUGCGCCUCGAGGUCACCGACGAUCCCCUGUUAGCUCGCGCUUACUGGGACGGCGAGAAGGAAGUGAAGGUGGUGGUCCGCGGCGCGCCGGCUCUGAUGACUUGCGUGAACCGUGAGCACUUGUGGACUGACCGCCACUUAGAGGAGGCGCAGCAGGUGGUCCAUUGGGACCGACAGUUACCUGGGGUGCCACACGACCGCGCUGACCGCCUGCUUGACCUGUACGCAUCUGGCGAGCGCCGAGCCUACGGGCCAUCCUUCCUGCGUGAUCGUGUGGCAGUGAAUGCCGACGCUUUUGCACGUGGCGACUUCUCCCUACGCAUAGAUUCUCUGGAGCCGGCUGACGAGGGAAUCUAUUCCUGCCACCUGCACCACCACUACUGCGGCCUGCACGAGCGCCGGGUCUUCCACCUACAGGUCACCGAACCUGUCUUGGAGCCACCUGCUCCUGCCUCUCCCAGUAAUGGGUCUGGCCACAACAGCGCUCCUGGCCCAGAUCCCACGCUGGUAAGUAGAUCCCGAGGCCACAGUGUCAUCAACGUCAUUGUCCCAGAGAACCACGCGCAUUUCUUCCAGCAACUGGGCUAUGUGUUGGCCACGCUACUGCUAUUCAUUUUGUUGCUCAUCACCGUAGUCUUGGCUACACGCCAUCGUCAUCGUGGAGGAUGCGGGACUUCAGACAAAAAAGCUGGGAAACUGAAGGGGAAGGACGUGAACAUGAUGGAGUUUGCUGUGGCCACAGGGGACCAGGCUCCUUAUAGGACUGAGGACAUCCAGCUAGAUUACAAGAACAACAUCCUGAAGGAGAGGGCUGAGCUGGCCCACAGUCCCCUGCCUGCCAAGAAUGUGGAUCUGGAUAAAGAGUUCAGAAAGGAGUACUGCAAAUAAAUGGAUCCUGAGCUUCUGGCUGGGUCAGUAGCUCUGCAUCAAAGGAUGUCUCCAUGACCCUCCUGUGGCACUCCUGGCUUCUUCUCAGCGGCUGGUCCCGCUUUCCUAUAAACUUGGCCUGAACUUGGCACUUUGUUCUUCCAAGAAUCACCCUCAUCUUGGUGAGCAACUAUGGGUUCCCUAGGGACUCUGAUAUAGUAUAGUUGCUGCCCACUGGUUGGGAGUACAGCCUGUGCCCACUGGUGGCUGUACUCCCAGCUUUGACACAACAGACAUAGAUCCCUUGUUAAUGUACACCAAAUGGACAUUCUCUCGUGGCUUCUUCCUGCUAGGGCCAGGAAGCCACUUAAAGAUAGUUAAGUCACCAGUUCAACAUGUUAGCCAUUGUCUUGGAGAGCCCCCAGGGUCUUCCAGGACUCACUAUGCCUAUGCAUUACUCAGAGCCCUGCUGUCAUAUGUUCUGACUCGUGGGCCCUCCUUGCUGCUUUGGGCCACUGGGAGCUGGCCCAUUGCCCCUUUUCUGCUUCUGAUCCCUUUCUGCUGAAUACCUUCCAAGAGUUGCUGGGUACCAUGUGACUCUUGGCCUUGACAUCCCUCCCUUUCUGGAGUCUGGGAUUGGGGCUCCAUUUGUCCUCUAUUUUGGCUGAAGAUGGGGGAAGAGGGUUCUGAGUGGCCUGUGCUGCCACACCAAACAGCUCCUACUGGGGAAGUUUUCAUGUCAUAAUAAAAACACUUCUGAUUUUUA